AUGCAUUUGAUUCUAAUCAUUCUGGAUAAUGCAAAGGACGUGUUUGGUGGCAAGGUAGUUAUGUUCGGCGGUGAUUUUAGACAGAUUUUGCCCGUUGUGCCCAAAGGGAGUCGCUCAGAUAUCGUACAUUCUGCCAUUAAUGCUUCUUACAUAUGGCGUGAUGUUCAAGUGUUUACCUUAACGCAAAAUAUGCGACUUCAGUCCGGGCCAAAUGAAUAUGAAAAGAAAGAAAUUGCAGAAUUCUCAAAAUGGCUGUUGCAAAUAGGUGAAGGAAAACUUUCUGAGCCAAAUGAUGGAUUCGCUGACAUUGCAUUUCCACCGGAACUAUUAAUUACAGAUUAUGACGACCCCGUUGUUGCCAUUGUCAGUAGUACAUACCCCGAUUUUAUCCUUCAUUACCAGACUAACGACUACCUCAAAAGUCGCGCGAUACUUGCUUCUACAUUAGAAGUUGUUGAUCAGAUAAACAAUCAUGUCCUUGAUUUGAUGCCAGGGGAGAUAAAAGAUUAUUACAGCUCAAAUAUUGUUGAUAAGUCCGAGAUUCAUGACACCAAUGUAGUCGAUAUCCUCACACCUGAGUUUCUCAGUUCACUAAGUACUUCGGGGUUACCUAACCAUCACAUUAAGUUGAAGGUUGGAACACCUGUUAUGCUUAUGCAAAACAUCGAUCAAUCGGAGGGUUUGUGUAACGGCACUCGAGUAAUGAUAACUAAGAUGGCCAACCAUGUCAUCGAAGCGAGAGUAAUGGUCGGAAAAGGUUAUGGAAACUUGGUGUACAUCCCUCGAAUGGAUAUGUCACCCUCACAAUCCCAUUGGCCUUUCAAACUCCAACGGCGUCAAUUUCCAAUAGUGGUCUCGUAUGCAAUGACGAUCAACAAGUCUCAAGGACAGUCUCUAGAUACAGUGGGACUUUACUUGCCAAGAGACGUAUUCACUCAUGGGCAAAUAUAUGUUGCAAUAUCAAGGGUCACAACAAAACAAGGAAUAAAAAUAUUGGUAUACGAUGAAAAUGACAAGUUCAAGUCGACAACUACCAAUGUUGUUUACAAAGAGGUUGGUUUAAUAAGUGCUCUUAUUCAUGAUAUUAAAAGGCAACCCGCAGAAUCAAGUUCUAUUGGUGGAUAA